AGGGACUAUGUCGCAAUCUGUGAGGAUUAAAAUAAAGAAUUUCAGUCAAAAAAGUUAAAUUUUUAAUGAAAUUUGAAGAAUUUUGGAAAUUUCUUACCUGAAAUCGAGACUCAAGGCUAGUUUUGAACAAUUUUCAUCAAAAACUUCAAGUGACAUCGCCCGAAAGAGCUUAAAACUGAAGUUGCCGGUUGAAAAAAAUGAGUUUUCGUAAAUAUCGAACGCCUUUGCCUUCAUUUCCGAAGUUUUUGCCUGUCACAGAGAUCCCAAGUGAGCCAAAAUACAAAGGAAAGCUCUCAGAAUCAUCAGUUUUGGUCACAAAUCCUGAAGAAGCGCAAGAAUUACAUGAAAAUGGAUGCUUCGGAGUUAGUAAUCGUUUCCAGAAACAAUUCGUGAACGAAAGAUUUUACGAAAUUCGUGACGGAUUUGCAUCGGAAGAGGAAAAUUCUGAAGAAAAUACCAUUUUAGGGCGUUGUGAAUUGACGGAGGACUUGAAAUUAUUUCCAGAAGAGGCCUUUUUCUUGCAUUUUUCGUUAAAAGUGCUUCGAAUAUUCGAUGAAAAUGAUCGUGAGAUGACUUCAGAAGAGAUUUUGAUGAAAUUUAUCGAAGCCAAAAGAAAUUUCGUAACAAAUUUCGUGGCAUAUCAAUAUUGCAGAGCGAAAAAUUGGGUUGUGAAAGAUGGAACAAACUUCGGAAGUGACUUUUUACUUUACCAACUUGGGCCUCAAUAUUUUCACUCACAAUUUACGGUUAAAGUCCGAAAUACGCUCGAUACCGAGGACAAAUUUCCUUCAAAACAAUUUCUCGGAUGGUAUCGCAUCUCAGAGACGAGUAAAAAGGAGUGUCUCGUCAUCGAAGUUGUUCCUCCAAGUGCAAAUUCAAUGGAUCUUCUCACUCGAUUGCGUGAUUUUCGCGUUCGAUUACUCACCUUUAAGCGUUUCAACCUGUGGAAAGGCACCAAAAGCGUCUCAACGUAAUUUUCUAUUCGUUUAAUCGCCAAAUAAAAUCUCUUUU